GUCAGAAAAUACAAGCGCCUCACUGAAUUGGAAAUUGAAUCCAAAGCUCUCAGGUCUCUGGACAAUGUGCAGCCUGGAGAUUGCAUAGUCUGCUUCAGCAAGAAUGAUAUCUACGCUAUUUCCCGGACCCUUGAAAGCAAAGGCCAUCAGGUCGCUGUCAUUUACGGGGGAUUGCCACCUGGAACAAAGUUGGCUCAAGCUCAGAAGUUCAAUGACCCAGAAGAUCCUUGCAAGAUCCUUGUGGCCACAGAUGCUGUUGGCAUGGGUCUUAACCUGUAA